GUGCGAUUCUAAACGCGUGCGCUCCACUUGCAGCAUUUGAACUGCUUUGGGAUGACGAUGGGGCACGGUACAAACACCCGAGAAGAGGGACGCCGCUGGUUUGGAUUGUAUUUGUGGCUCGUCGUUUUGUUUGGAGAGCAGGCUGGGGCUCAGAUAAGGUACUCUGUUCCCGAGGAGGUUGAAGACGGAACGGUGGUGGGAAACAUCGCCAAGGAUCUCGGGCUCGACAUCGGCGGCUUGGGCGAUCGACGGAUCCGCGUCGUGUCGGGAUCCGAGGAGGCUGCUAUUUUUGAGGUAAACCGCGACAAUGGGGCUCUCUACGUGUCCCGCCACAUAGACAGAGAGGAGCUGUGCCAGGGCGGCGCCGCGUGUCUCGUGGAGCUGAAAAUUCUGGUGGAAAACCCGCUGGAAAUCCACUACGCGCUGGUCCAAAUCGUCGACGCGAACGACCACGCUCCGAGCUUCCCCGAAGCCGAGCAGACGUUCCAAAUCGCCGAGCACACUUUGCCAGGGAGGAGAUUUCCACUGCACGCGGCCCGGGAUCCGGACGCGGGCAUCAACUCCAUCCGCACGUACACCUUGACGCCAAAUGAUCAUUUCGAGAUCAAUAUCCGCCAGAGCGACGCCGGGAAGGUUCCGUUUCUGGUGCUGAAGAAAUCUCUGGACCGGGAACAGAAGGACAAACAUUCGCUGCUGGUCACAGCCGCGGACGGAGGCAAACCUCCACUUUGCGGCGCCCUCAAUGUCUCCGUUAUUGUCCUCGACAGUAAUGACAACAGACCGGUUUUUAGCCAGGAUAUUUAUGAAAUGACUAUCGCAGAAAAUAUUGAAAUGGGCACAUCAAUAUUUCAAAUGAACGCAACGGAUGCAGAUGAAGGCACGAACGGAGAAAUUGAAUACAUCUUUUCCAAAACAUUAAGUAGAGACGCGUACGACAUUUUUGAAUUGGAUGAAUUAACUGGAGAGAUGCGCGUGAGAGGAAAAAUUGAUUUUGAGGAAAAUAACCUGUACGAGUUGGAUAUUGACGCAUCCGACAAAGCGACGCCUCCUCUGACAGGCGAGUGUCGAAUUAUAAUAAAAAUAAAAGAUGUCAACGACAAUGCUCCACAAAUAGAAGUGACGUCACUGUCAAAUCAAGUGUCUGAAGAUUCCAAACCUGGCACAGUUAUUUCCCUCAUUAGUGUAACAGAUAAAGACUCGGGCGUGAAUGCGAAAAUUAUUUCACGAAUAACAAAUAACGUACCGUUUGAAUUAAAACCGUCUUACAAGGAGAACACCUACUCGGUCGUCACCAAAACAUUUUUGGAUAGAGAGGACGUGUCACAUUAUGAAUUAUUCAUUAAAGCGACUGAUUGUGGGGAAACUCCCUUAUCUUCAUUCAAAAGUCUCAACGUCCAAGUGGCUGACGUAAAUGACAACAGUCCACAUUUUGAACACAACCCGCUGGAGUUUUACCUUCGAGAAAACAACAUUGCGGGAAAAUCUGUAUUUUCCGUGAGCGCAAUGGACAAAGACAUGGAUGAAAACGCGGCCAUUUCGUAUCAAAUAUCGAGAGGGGGGAACGCAAAUGACAUCGCAUCUUUCCUCAACAUUAACUCGGAGACUGGAGAAGUGACGGCGCUGAAGAGUUUUGACUUUGAGACGCUGAAAAGCUUCCAGUUCCAGGUGUCGGCCACCGACGGCGGAAGUCCUCCGCUGAGCGGCAACGUGACGGUGAAGGUGUUCAUUCUGGAUCGGAACGACAACGCUCCGGUCAUCCUGUAUCCGCUCGGCUCCAACGGUUCCGCCCGAGGCGCGGCGGAGAUUCCCCGCGACGCCAAAGCGGGAGACUCGGUGACGAAAGUCCGAGCCUACGACGCCGAUACGGGAUAUAACGGCUGGUUACUGUUUUCGCUGCGGCCGCUCGGCGAGCGCGCUCUCUUUUCUCUGGACCGCUAUACGGGCCAGAUCAGAACACUUCGCCCGUUCACGGAGACGGACGAGGCCGAGCAUCGACUGCUCGUACUGGUCAAAGACAACGGCGACGUUUCGCUCUCGGCGACGGCGACCGUGACCGUCAAACUGGCGGAGCCCAAAGAGGCUUUCGCGGCUUCCGACCACGCGGGAAGCGCGGCCGAAGAGGACGAGCGCGAGGACCGGGUGACUUUUUAUCUGGCGCUGACUUUGGGCUCGGUCUCGCUGCUUUUGGUCAUCAGCGUGGUGGUGCUGAUCGCCAUGCGCUGCUCCAAAUCCGCAGAGUCCACUUCCAAAUAUCUACGAGACGCUCAUUACGACGGCACGCUGUGUCACAGCAUCCAGUACAGAUCGGGAGACAAACGCUACAUGUUGGUCGGACCCAGAAUGAGUAUUGCUUCCGCCGGCGCCCCGGGCAGCCACGCCGGCACGCUGGUGCUUCCCGAUGGCGCACGCGCGUCCACAGGGGAGGUAAGAAUCUGA